GCCAUUUAAAGUCUUUUCAAUUCAAAUCCAAGUGAGCGUCGAUUUGUAUCUUGCCGGGGAACGUCGAAGUCCGGAGACCGGAGUAUCUUAUGAACUUUAAUCUUAAUCGAUUUAAGGCUUGGUUUUUAUUAAAACAAGCGUUUUGUUGAAAAUCAAUAAACUACAGUUUUUUAACGAUUUAUAGCUAUAUUAGUGUCUGCUGAAAUGGAUGCUUCUUCACAGGAAGCAAUGCUGAAGAAAAAGCUCCAGGCAUUUUUGUCUGAGAUGCUGAAACUAGGGACGGUAAAAGGUUUUAAGUACUUUGCGAUGUAUAUGCGUGGCAGGGAGGAAAUGGUACUGAGCGUGUUAAAUCACCCUCAGAGUAUAUCUAGUCCAGUUCACAGCAAGCCAGAUCAUUCUGAGACAGAGAGGAAAACAUUGUCAAAAUCUGAAAGUUUCAGCUCUCAAAACCUGCCAUAUGAUCAGCGAUCACUGAUGCUGUCCGUCCGUUCACAGAUGAUUCUCAGUACCCAUGGUGUAAAAGAUGUAGGUUUACCACCAGCAUCUCCUAGUGCAGAGGAGUCACUACCUACUGAUGAGAAAUCAACUUUAUUCCUUAUAGCUGGUUAUAGUAGAUACAACUGUCCGUAUGUAUGGGUGAGAUCAAAUCAUGACCGACUUGUUAAACUCACUGGGGAAUCCAGGGAAAGAGAUUGUCCAUUGAAAUUAAAGACAACAAUGAAAUGGAAAGAUAAUGAUGUUUUUGUAUGGGAUAUCAUAGCAGAGCUAGUGAAGUUAUGUACUUAUCCUGCCCCAAGAAAUCCUUUUGAGAUAGAUUUUGAUUACUUCUCAAUGUUGCCAUUGUCAGAGAAAGUAUUAGCUACGGCUGCUAUGGUAACCAUUCUUCAGAAAAUUCUCAUUCAGACAUCAGAUCACAAGCAGUAUGCUGGACCAGUAUUUGAAGAGUUGCAACUCAUAACAAAACUACAUUUUAGUAGUUUAGAAAAACUUGUUCAGGAGCAGGGCCUCCCAGUUUUACAAAAGAAGCAGCAACAACAACAACAACAGAGGUCAAGGUCACAGUCAUCACAUAUGACCUCAAGGUCAAGGACAUCAUCAUAUAAUCAGCCAAUGAACACAGGAUAUCAGAAUGCACCUCAACAACAGUAUGGUUACAUGCAAACUCAGGCAAUGUUUUGAGAAACAGACCUGUUUAUGUAAAACACAGUUCAUUACAUGAUGACUUGCAAUAUCAUUAUACACAUGUAGUUCAUAGCUAACACACUGAGUGGUAAACCCUAACAUGAUAAAUUUUUGAGAAAAAAAAUUGUCCAUGCUAAUGAUUUUGUUUUAAAGCAGCACGCCUCCAAAUUCAUACUUAUUUUCAAGAAAAUUUUGAAAAUGUAAAAUAUUGUCAAUUACAAAACAGCAGUCAAAAUAUGCAAAAGUAACCCUUACUGUGUUAGUCAUGUAAUAGAAAUAUGGUGAUAAAUUCUGAAAAUCAGUAGUUCAUUGCAUAUUAUAUGUAAAUUAUUACUUGAAUUAUCAAUAAUUUUACUUUUCUUAAAAUUACAUUUUUCUCAAAGUUAUUUUCUUGGAUUUUUUUUUGGGGGGGGGGGGGUUCAUCUGGAGGCAUGCAGCUUUAAAGAUACAUCAAGCCUCGACAAUUAUUAUACUUUUUUUCUUUUGGAACCUUGGCAAACAUAUGUUUUAUAAUGCUUUGAUAAUAGAAUAUUAGAAUUAAAAGCAUAUUAGAUGCUAAGCAUUGGAAGAAAGUAGCGAUGAAUGUGACGUAUUAUGUCACAAUUGUAUAAGAAUAAACUAAGUGGUAUUUUGACUUCCAUACAAAAUACUAAAUCACUAUAACCUUACUGUAUUGCCAAAAAUGCAAAGGAAGCAAUAGCUGAUUCGGCGGAAUUACCAGCUCCAUCUUACAACUGUUGUUCUAUAUUGUUUAAAAAAUACAUUGUGAGAUUUUAUGUCCAAUCAAGAAACAAAACAAAAAUAUUUUAGAAUUUAUUGUAAGUCAAUGUUUCUAUUCAAGGUUAAGUCAUUGUCAUUUCUAUCACUGUUAAUUAUUGCCACCAAAGCAUCAUAAAUUACAGUUAACCUUGUAUUGAGAAUUACAGGUACUGCUUAUUUAUAGUAUGGUUAAGAAAUGAUAUAUCCCAAACUGUGAUUUUAUCGCUCAAUAAAAUCACUGUUUGUAGUUCCGAUGCGAGGAAUCAAUAUCACGAUGGCGUAGCCCAUGUGAUAUAAUGAUGUGCAUUCGAACGACAAACAGUGAUUUUAUCAAGCAAUAAAAUCACCGAUUUGGAUAUAUUAUUUCGAUUCUAACACGACAUUAACAAAUAAAUGCUGCUUUACCUCAUAUUAAGCUAAAUUGCGCCUGAUUUGUUUCGUACUUAUUUUCAGCGCAUCGCAGUUUUAGUGGUUACGUCACAUAUUUAAUGAUUAUGUCACAUGUCUAAAUAUAGAAUGUGAACAGUGAUUUUAUUGCAUAAUAACACACACUUUGUGAAUUACCUCUAGUAAAUUGUUGUUUGCAAUUUAUUUUUUAAUUACUGCUAGUUCAGCAUCUUAAAUUACUUUUAGCCAUUCCAUUGUUAGGAAUUGCAAGCAAAGCAUCAAAUCAAUUACCAAAGCUUUUUUUUUUUGUUAUUUACUGCUAAUAUAAAAUAAUUAUUAUCAAAUAGCAAUAAGCCAUUUUAUAACAACACAUUGAUAGGCACAACAAAGUCAGAAACACAGCUAUCUAUAUAAAUUGAAAAUUUAGGUUGGCAAAUCUUGCAACAACAUACUUUAAACCACACUAAACCAUUCAGUUAAAGGCAUUGUUAACCAAAGCAUAGUUAAAACCACACAAAACAAUUUAGGUGAAGUAAAUAAUUGUUAGCCACAAUGUAGUUAAAACCACAUUAAACCAUUUAGGUAAAGUCAUUUUAGCCAGAGUGUAGUUAAAACUGCAUCAAACCACUGUAGUAAGUCAUUGUUAGCCACAACUGUCAACAUAGUUAAAACCACCUCAAAUUAUUUGAGUUAGAGUUGUUAUUAGUCACAUCAUAAUUAAAACCACAUCAAACCAUUGUAGUUAAAAGUCAUUGUUAGCCACAAUGUAGUUAAAGCCACAUCAAACCAUUGUAGUUAAAAGUCAUUGUAAGCCACAAUGUAGUUAAAACCACAUCAAACCAUUGUAGUUAAAAGUCAUUGUAAGCCACAAUGUAGUUAAAACCACAUCAAACCAUUGUAGUUAAAAGUCAUUGUUAGCCACAAUGUAGUUAAAGCCACAUCAAACCAUUGUAGUUAAAAGUCAUUGUUAGCCACAAUGUAGUUAAAGCCACAUCAAACCAUUGUAGUUAAAAUCAUUGUUAGCCACAAUGUAGUUAAAACCACAUUGAACAAUUUAAGUUAAAGUCAUUGUUUGCCACAAUAUAGUUAAAAGCAAGUUAAGGAGUGGAAAUCAUUGUUUUAGGUGACAUACAUCUUUGUAGUGAAAGCCACUGUUAGCUUUAACAGUUUAUAAAAAAUAUAUAGGAUUAUUAUUCAAAUCACUAAUGCAUUAGAAUAAAAAAGCACAGCUAGUAUCAUUGUUAAAGCACUGAUAGUAUUAUAGUUAAACCACAGUUAUUAUUAUAGAUAAAGCACACCUAGUAUAAUAGUUAAAGCACAGCUUGCCUUGAUGUUACUGUAAGCCAUAUAAAUAGUCAAAAGCACAUUAUUGUAGUGCCAUCUCAGAAUUAAAACACAUACAAUUUUUGAACAUUGCUGACAAUAUCUGCUUGAAGAACGACUAGGUAUUUUGUUGAAGGCCACCUGAUACAUGUGAAGAAAAUAACUUCUUCUUUGACAAUUUUGAAACCUUUCUCUGUGGUACCUGUGCCAUAUAUUCACCUUUAUUAUACCUCUACUCUGAUAGGUAGAUUGGCAUAAUUUAAUCCCUGUUAUUCACUUAUUGGCUUCAGAAGACUAUUUACUUUUAGUAUUUUACUUUUUAUUUUACCAAAAUAAUGGUAAGCAUAUUAUUAUACUCUUAGCAAAGCAAUUUAUUGUAAUUAUUAUUGGUACACAGAUGAUACAUCAUGAAAUAUAGGUCCAGUUCAAAUUUUGCUUCAGACCACUUAUAUUUCAUGUAGUUAAGGUGACUUAGGGUGGUAUUAAUCAUCUUUAGUGAUUGCUCAAUUUUCAAUAUGGAACAAUCCAGGUUGAGGUAGAAAUAAUUUCGAUAUCAAACUACAAAAAAUUGAGUGAGCAACAGUAUAGAGCCUGGUCAGAAGGUAUGAAAGUGCAGACUGGCCUAGUUCUAUACUUAUGGCAUAAGCUGAUGCCUCCAGUUCCAGCAUGUUAUGGGUUAAAGCAGUAUGCCAACAAAUGAGCCAAAAUAUUUGAAGAAAAUCAACAUUGAGAAAAAUAUACUAAGAUUUUAAGAAAAGUAAAAAUACUUGCAUUCACAAUUACUAAUAUGUAAUAAAUUACUUGCAUGAAAAACACAAUAAGAGCUAAUUUUGCACAUUCUGACCUAAUUUUGGCAAUUUUUUCAUAGAUUUUAUGUGCCAUUUGCAUUGUUUAAAUUACUCUCUUUGAUUACUUAUCAAUAUUUUACUUUUUUAAACAUUUAAAAAAAAGUCAUGGAAGUUACCAUGAAUCUCAAGGCAUGCUGCUUUAAUAACUUGUCAAGCUUAGAUUGAAUUUGACUUUGAUAUAAAAUUCUCAGAACAAUAGAUACUUUUAUAUAUUUUUUGUAUGCAUGUGUUCAGAUUAGUAAGAAAUGUUUGUCAAUCUCUUUAUAUGUCAAUUCAUCUUUGCCAUUUUUAUCAAUUCAACAUUUCCUAUAGUUGUUGCUUGCAAUGAAUGUACAAAUUCAGGGUGUCAGGAAAAUACUGUCUGGUAUAAUCUUUGUCUCCAGAACAGUGUUGCUUUGCAGAGGUUAAAAUGUAUUUAUUAACAAACUAAGUACCAAGAUUUUUUAGAAGGGGUAUAAUUGUGGAAAACAUAAAAUUUGGUAAAAACAUAUUUUUAGCUCGACUAUUCAAUAAGAAUAAGUAGAGCUAUUGCAGUCACCCGAGCGUCGGCGUCUGCGUCGGCGUAACCACUUAUGUUAAAGUUUUUGUAAUAGUUUAAAUUUUUUCAAAGUCCAUUGACAUAAGGCUUUGAAACUUUGCACACUUGUUCACCAUCAUUACCCCAACCUGUAGACAGGAGGAGGUAACUCUAUCAAGCAUUUUGACAGAAUUAUGCCCCUUUUUCGACUUAAUAUUUACAUUAAAGUUGACUUAGAAUUUACGUUAAAGUUUUUGUAAUACCUCAAGUAUUUUCAAAGUCCAUUGACAUAUGGCUUUGAAACUUUGCACACUUGUUAACAAUCAUGACCCCAACAUGUAGACAGUAGGAGGUAACUCUAUCAAGCAUUUUGACAGAAUGAUGCCCCUUUUUCGACUUAGAAUUUACGUUAAAGUUUUUGUAAUACCUCAAAUAUUUUCAAAAUUCAUUGACAAAUGGCUUUGAAACUUUGUACACUUAUUCACCAUCAUGACCCCAACAUGUAGACAGUAGGAGGUAACUCUAUCAAGCAUUUUGACAGAAUGAUGCCCCUUUUUCGACUUAGAAUUUACGUUAAAGUUUUUGUAAUACCUCAAAUAUUUUCAAAGUCCAUUGACAAAUGGCUUUGAAACUUUGUACACUUAUUCAACAUCAUGACCACAACAUAUAGACAGUAGGAGGUAACUCUAUCAAGCAUUUUGACAGAAUGAUGCCCCUUUUUCGACUUAGAAUUUACGUUAAAGUUUUUGUAAUACCUCAAAUAUUUUCAAAAUUCAUUGACAUAAGGCUUUGAAACAUGUUGAAAUUUUAUACUCUUCUUUGAGAGCAUAAUAGGACUCUCUCCAAGGCCUAUAACUGUAAUAUGGAUUUAAAGACACAUUUUGCCUUUUUCUUUACUUAGAAAAUUAUACCUUUUAAUCAAGGCUUUUUUUACUAUCAAGCUCUAAGAAUAGUCGAGCGUUGCUGUCCUACCGACAGCUCUUGUUUCUACAAGUUAUAUUGAACAAAGUAUAUUUCUAGGCAAAAGCUCCAUUUUGAGGUAUUAAAAUAUGACACUUGAACCCAUAUUCACCUUGAUCUCUUCAAUGUCAAGUUUUCAAAAUCCCAAGAAAUUUCAUAAUAACUUUAUGAUUUGUUUACAGUUUUGGGACAAGGGCAUUUAUGUUUUAGGAACAUAUCUUGUUUAUGUUGUUCCUAGUCAUAUAGUUAGUAUUAGUUAACAUUUGACCUUGAAUUUCCUUGAACUUGACUCAGUGACCUACUUCUGUAUCAUAGAAAGUAUUACCUUGUCUAGUCUACUAAUAUAUCUAAGGUGAGCAAUCACCUGCUAUAUAAGCACUAUUGUUUAUGUUACACAAGUAGUUGAUUAGAUUAGUAUGCUGAAUUUUUGUGAGCUCCUGAUGGUUAUAUUUAUUUCAAGUGUACCAAGUUACAGCUAUGAAGCGGCCUUGAGUUUUUUCUAAAGGUUAAAUAUGUUAUUUUUAUAUAAAUCAUUUCAUUUAAUUGUCAAAUCAAUAUGUCUCUCUAUAUGUAAAUUGGUUAAGCAAAAGAUUGCCUGAUCUUCUAUUUAAAAACGAACAUCACUGACGCGCUAUUAAUAACUCUCAAAACGUUGUUUUGAAAAAGGCUUAAUGUUGAAAUGAUACACUUUUCCAAGAUAAAAUUACUGAAAUACUUAUAGUUUGAAACAACACAGAAUUGUUUUUCUAGAAAAAAAUAAAAGCUGAAGGCAGCUUUAAUAUUAAUUCUAUAGCAAUGUUCUAUUUGUGGUUAAACAUUCACUCAGUUCUUAUUGGAAAUAGUCUGGUCUGAAACAAACAAUCUUUUCUUGUGUAGGAAACAUGGCUAUUAUAACAGACAUCAAAUGAAAUAAAUGUACUUUUAGCAACAGACUCUUGAACUUUUGGCAUUUCUAGGAAACUUAAAAGCUGGUUUGAAAAUGAUGCCUGGAGAAUGUCUUAACACCUUGGGCAAACAUGCAAGUGAUUUGUCUAAUUGCACCAUUCAUGAAUGCUUUGUUAAUAGCCUUUGUUAUUAUUUUCGAAUCAUCGAAAAUACUGCGUUCAAGGAUAAUGGGAAUCUGCAUAGAUGGCAUUAAAAUGUUUCCAUUAUUUAUUUGAUGUUGUAUUUUCCUAUGGUACAAUUGUUUCUGUUAUUAAGUAAUCUGACGAUGAGUCUUUAUGGAA